AUGACCAUCCGACAGCUUCCUCAGGAUGUCGUCGACAAGAUCAAGUCAUCGGUCAACAUCACCUCUUUGAAUGGGGUCGCCUGUGGUCUCCUCGCCAACUCGCUGGAUGCGGGUGCCUUCAAGGUCAACAUCUCGAUCGACUACGGCAGGGGCAAUUGCACUGUUGAAGACGACGGUUCGGGGAUUCCUCCUGAUGAGUUUAAAGAUGCGGGGGGACUAGGGAAGCUCCACCACACAUCCAAGUUCCCUUCUCGGUCUUCUAUCCAUGGGAAACAUGGCGAUUUCCUAGCAUCAUUGGCAACGUUGUCAUUGCUGUCCAUAACUUCCCACCAUCAGAGCCGUAUCUCGCACAACUCCAUCACCAUUCACAACUCCAAGGUCCUGGCCAGGCAUCUUCCGUCACCUCCUGAGUUGAGGCUUGUUAGCUUUGACCAUGGAACCCGUGUUACAGUCCGAGACCUCUUUGGGUCUAUGCCCGUUAGAGUCAAGCAGAGAGCUUCCUUGACUGAAAGACCUGUUCUCGACAAGGAAUGGUCAAAGCUUGUUCGAGAAGUCUUGGCCAUGUUGCUGGCCUGGCCAUCAGGAAUCCAUGUAUCGAUCAAAAAUACAGCCGCGCAACGUGAACUUCGAUUCCGCCCGUCAGACAAGACGGACAUCGUAUUCAAAACUUCAAGGCUACUCAUGCAAGCUUCUCUAGCCGACUCGAGUGAUAUUGAUUGUUGGGUUCCUAUCUCAGCAUCAUGCGGACCAGUCUCGGUCAAGGGCUGCAUCUGUACAAAUCCUGUUGCGACACGGCGGUCUCAGUUUAUCAGUCUGGGCAUUCACCCAAUCAUGAACGAGUUUGGCACGGACGUUCUGUAUGAAGAGAUUAACAGGGUCUUCAGCAACUCUAGCUUUGGUGUUAUUGAUGGCGAUGAGAACAAGAGACCUGAGGACUCGCCGAAGCUGGUAGGUUUCUCAAGCAAAGAGCUACGAAGUCGCAAGGCCAUUGAGCGAUGGCCCAUGUUCUACUUGAAAAUCACGAUCCCGGACUUCGAUGAUCUUGAUGGCUCUGAUCGGCUCGAGAGUCAAGGCCAGACGUUAUCAGCGAUUCUGGAUCUUUUAAAGGCGACCUGUUAUGGCUUCCUAAAAAAGCACCACUUUCGGCCUCGAAAAGUCCGACUCUCCCCUGAUGAGUCAGUAUUUUCGACAUCAAGGACACUCAGUAAAUCGAGAAAGUCGUCUAAGAAGCAGUCCGGCUCGUCUUCGAGUAGUUCAAGAGCUGGCUCUGUCACCCCUGUGCCCAGAGAUGCCUCUAGGCCGAGAGCAGAUAGUCCAUUUCAUGGAUGGCAUCGUGUUAAAGCUGGAACGGACACGGCACUCGGUGCAAACUCGAAGACGAACGACGCCCAAACAAAGCCACGAGAUCAGACUCCCACCCGUCCACUCAUUGGCGAAGGUGGGAAACUGUUGCGCAAACCUUUCGAUGAACCCUCGCCCGAGCCGGAAGAGAUCCCGACUUCUAAAGCAUCAAACACCACUGCCGCAAUGUCUGCUCUAGACGGGGAUACAACAACGUCAGCUACACAACCCCGAAAACGAAGAAAGUGGUUACAAGAGAUUCUUGACUCGUGGGAGAAUCCCGUGUUUGAAAACGUCCAGCCCGCAAUACCAUCAAUCGACGACGCAAACCUCCCCCCUGCGCCUGGGCUAUCACAUAACUGUGGGAGGAGCGGCCAUGCGAACAUCAUAUUUGACGCCGGGUCCAUGAGUCUCAGCAGCCGAAUCUCACGUCAAGCACUUACCGAAGCGACUGUGAUCUCGCAGGUCGAUCGAAAAUUCAUCCUCGUCAAACUUCCCCUGAAGGAUGCCGCACCUGGCAAGCAGAGCUCUGCUCUUGUCAUGCUUGAUCAGCACGCUGUUGAUGAGCGAUGUCGCCUAGAAGACCUCAUGACAGACUACUUUGUUCGAGAUGAAUCGACAAAACAAGUCUUGCCCACUACCGAGCCUCUUGAGCGUCCUCUUGUGUUCGAAAUACCCCUCCAGGAGCAUUCCCUUUUGGACCAGAAUCGAGACCGCUUUGCCGCUUGGGGAAUCGUGUACCAAACUCCCGCCCCGAGAUCCCCCUCACAGCCAAGAAAAGUUGUCGUCACAGCUCUCCCGCCAAGCAUCAUGGAGCGCUGUCGCCUCGAGCCCCGUCUCCUGAUUGAUCUUCUCCGCACCGAGAUAUGGCGCAGCGUUGAUGAAGACGUCCCCCUUUCGCAGCCAUCAGGCUCUGACCAUGACAAGUCGUGGGUCUCACGGUUCCACGGCUGUCCAAGGGGCGCAAUCAUGUUCAACGACGUCCUCAGCGUCGAGGAAUGCGAACAACUCGUAUCUCGUCUCUCACGCUGCGUCUUCCCCUUUCAAUGCGCUCAUGGCCGGCCGAGCAUGGCGCCUCUGGUUGACCUUGGAGCUGGAGCCAAGUUUGGCGGGUGGUCGGAGAGGGAGAACCAGGCCGAAGUACAAUGGAAGAGCUGGAUUGAGGAGUCAUGA